GUUCUAUUCCUCACAAUCCCCAUUUCCUCUCUUCUUCCCUUCACUCCCUCUUGAGUCUUGUCUCAUUCCUCUCUCAAGUUUCUAACUUUUUCCCACAUUCUCAAUCAACUCUCCAAUUCCCAAGUGGGUCCCAACCCAAUUCGGAUUUCGUUUCUGGAUUUCCCCAAUUCGAAGCUCUGCACUUCCCCUUUUGAAGUGGAUUUUUCGUUCCUGGGAAGUUCAAUUCCAAAUUCUUGGAAUGGGUCUCUAACACAAGCUUCCAAUUUGGAGAGAAAGUCCCAAACUUUUGGGUUCAAUUUUUCAGUUUUCGCAACUGGGUCUGUGAUCGUGAUUUUGGCCUCAACUUCUAAGGUUUUGGGAGUUACCACAACUUCAAUUGUGGUUGCAUCCGCUGUAAUAUCAAAGGAUCGUGACGAAACCACAACUGCAACAACCGCAAUUUAAAACCUUUGUGUGAGAAUAAUGCGUACUACAGCAGAAUUUCAAGGUUCUGUUCUGAAUCUUCGUGGGGUUCAGGUUCACUCCAUGGAGGGUUCAAGCAUGGAGCAAGAGCUUGAUUUGUUUCAGAAGCAUGUGACAGAGCGAUUCCUGGAGCUAUCUUUGGCUGAAAGUGGUGAAUUGCUCUCUCUUUCAUGGGUUAGGAAGCUGCUAGAUUCGUUCCUGUGUUGCCAAGAGGAGUUCAGGGUGAUUCUCCACAACCACAGGGCUCAGGUGAUGAAGCACCCUCCCUUGGAUCGCAUGGUGGGCGAGUUUUUCGAGCGUAAUGUGAAGGCGCUUGAUGUGUGCAACGCAAUCCGUGAUGGGGUUGAACAGAUUAGGCAGUGGCAGAAGCUGUUGGAGAUUGUUCUCUGCGCUUUGGAUCAAAAGAGGAGCAUUGGUGAGGGCCAAUUUCGCCGCGCCAAGAAGGCGCUGGUCGAUUUGGCCAUUGGGAUGCUUGAUGACAAGGACACCAGCUCCAGUGGCUCUAUAGCACAUAGGAACAGGUCAUUUGGUAGAAACAAUGCUUCAAAGGAUCAUCACCACAAUAAUUCCUUUGGUCAUUUUAGGUCACUUUCUUGGAGUGUGUCAAGGAAUUGGUCUGCUGCUAGGCAGCUUCAAGCACUUGGGAACAACUUGUCCCCACCUAAGGCUAAUGAUAUCGUUGCCACUAAUGGCCUUGCAUUGCCUAUUUAUACAAUGAGUUGUGUUCUGGUGUUUGUGAUGUGGGCCCUUGUGGCUGCGAUUCCCUGCCAGGACCGUGGGCUGGGGCUCCAUUUCUCGUUGCCAAGGCAGCUCCCAUGGGCGGCUCCGGUGGUGGCGCUGCACGACCGGAUCUUGGAGGAGUCCAAGAAGAGGGAGAGAAAGAACACCUGUGGCUUGCUGAAGGAGAUUCACCAGAUUGAGAAGUGUGCUAGGGUGAUCAAUGAUUUGGCUGAUUCUGUGCAGUUUCCUUUGAGUGAGGAGAAGGCAGAAGAGGUCAGACAGAGAGUGCAAGAUGUUUCAAAGGUUUGUGAAGCCUUGAAAGAUGGAUUGGACCCUCUUGAACGCCAAGUGAGGGAGGUGUUCCAUAGAAUUGUGCGCGGCAGAACCGAGGGGCUUGACUCUCAUGGUAGAGGGUAAAAAAUAAAAAUAAAAAACUAUUGUUUGUUUGUUGAUGCUUAACAUUUGCCAUUUGAGAUCGUAGCCUGAUUUUGCUUUCUUAGAUAAGUUCGAUUUGAGAAUGACCUAAAGUUGACUAGGAGGAUAACCAGGGAGUGGUAAGAGGAUAUGGUGAUUUAAGUUGAGGAUCAUGAUAAUAGUAUGGUAUAUAAAGGGGAGGAUUCUUGUAUGUAUGAAGUAUGAAGCACAAAAUAAUGUAUAGAGUUUAGGAUAAUUUGAAGUGGACCUUUGUGGUCUGUGUUUUCUUUUUCUCUUUUUUGUGUUGUGAUGUGGCUUAUUGUAUAAUCAGUUUUCUCAGUGUUUUGCUGCAUUGCUACAUCCUCAUUGUAGUUGAUUCUGAUCGCGAGUAUGUGUAAUGAUACAUUUUCCUUAAGUAGAUCCUGUACUUGCAAACUUGUGGUUGCUGCGAUUGCAGCCUUUGCCUUCAGAUAGCAAUCAUUGUAACAAGGCCUUUUCUUUC